CCCGAUUCGAUCUUUGCUUGACUCAAAUCUUCCUUGUUCAAUAUAAGCGGGAAAGGUUAUGCCAAUUUCGAAGGACGUAGUUGGUACGAACACGAGAUUAGUCGUUACACGAGGGAGAAUUAAUCAAACUCUUUGUCAAUAUCGUGACAUCUCUCGCCAAAUAAAAUGAGUAAAAGGUUAAAAUUAGGUGCUCUCACAACACCGAGAAAGUUGCGCUCUGGGAAAGUGUUGGCUAAAGAGUCUACAAAGAAAACGUCACCUUAUUUCGACGGUGAGAAAAGCUUGCCGACAAAUGACCGUGCGAAGGACCGUUCUCCGGUCAAAAUCAAGCGUGAGGCGACAGAGGACAAGGAGGAUGCUAAAAGCGUCGAUGUAACAUCAUCUGUCAAGAAAAAAAGUGAAGAUAUAGAAGAGUCAGCACUGUCAGCAGAUGCUGAAAAUAUUAAAAUCGAAAAAUUUGAUUUGAAAAAUGAGAUUACAGAGGAAUCGGUAGAUGUAAAAACUACCAAAAAAGGGGAGCAAUGGAUGCCACCGAACUGGGAAAUUAUUUUGAAGAACAUCAGGGAGAUGAGGAAGCACGGAACAGCUCCAGUUGACGAAAUGGGUUGCCAUAAGUGUGCAGAUCCAAAUGCCAGUCCAGUGGUAUCUAGAUAUCAGUCGUUGAUUGCUCUAAUGUUGAGUAGUCAGACGAAGGAUCAAGUUACCCACGCUGCUAUGCAGCGUCUGAAUACCUUUGGUUGUACUCCAGCUAUACUGGCAACUAUUUCUGAUGAGGUUUUGGGUAAACUCAUAUAUCCAGUUGGAUUCUGGAAGAGAAAGGUGGAAUACAUAAAGAGGACGUCAAUCAUACUUCUGGAUAAGUAUGAUGGUGAUAUCCCCAGAACAGUAAAGGAAUUAUGCGACUUACCGGGAGUGGGUCCUAAAAUGGCUCAUAUAUGCAUGCGGAUUGCAUGGGGAGAGGUAUCCGGAAUCGGUGUGGAUACACACGUUCACAGAAUUUGCAACAGAUUAAACUGGGUGAGAAGGCCAACCAAGACACCGGAGGAAACGAGAAACGAACUGGAAGAUUGGCUUCCUAGAUCUUUAUGGAGCGAGGUAAAUCAUCUGCUCGUGGGAUUUGGUCAAGAAAUUUGUCUACCUCGAUUUCCCAAGUGCUCUGAAUGUCUCAACAAAGAUAUCUGUCCAUAUCGUUCAAAGAGCAGUGAAAAAGCUAAGAAAUGAUAUUUAUAUAAAAUGUUGUUAAGAAAUAUAUUUAUUUAUAACUCAUGUACAUUUAUCAAACCUUAGCGACGUCUUGAUUUCUUUUUAAUUCGCUUUGUUUAAUUAUCGUCAGUUAUAUUUAUAGAUACAUGCUCUUUGAG